AUCAUCAUUUCAAUAUUGACUAAAAUGAAUUCAUUCAAUAAAGGUUUUGAAUUGUUUUCAUUUGAAUUUUCUUUACCACGUGCAUCUUGUAUUGCAUGUCCUAAUUGUGGUUAUCAGAUUUAUAGUACCAUUCUUCAUAAAGUUAGCAUCUCUAAAACAUUCGUGUUGUUUUGUUGUGGAUCAUUUGUUUAUUGGAAUUAUUUAAAAGAAGAUCCAUAUUCAUUGAUCUCAUUAUUGUCAUCGGCAAAAGAUUUAAUACAAAAUGGUAUUACAAGUUUAUUCUGGUCAUCAUCAUCAUCAUCAUCAGCAGCAGAAGCAGCAUCAGCAUCGACUAGUCCAUUAUUGGAUGGAACAUUUACCAUUGAUCAAUCAAAUACAACCAAUGUUUUGAAUCAAUAUUAUCAAUGUUCAUCAAAUUCUGUUCGUAAUCAAGUUAUAUUUAAUAAUCAGAAUAAUAAUAAUGAAGAAGAACAGGAAUCAUUAUCACCACAAAAUUCAAAUGAUUUUUCAUCAUUAAAUCUUUCACCACUAAAUUCAAUCGGUACCGGUACUGUGGCUAAAUUGGAUGGAAUGUUAAAUGAAGUACAAGAGAUUAAAAUGUAUGUAAAUGAUUCAUGUAAUGAAAUUGGAUGGUUUACCGGUAGUAGUGGUCAAUUACGGAAGAAUCAACAAUCGGCUGAAUUUUUCAAUACAUUACAUCGUCGUGUUUCGGAUGGUGAAAUAACCACUAGUCUUCCAAGUUUAGAAUGGGAUCUUAGUGAUAUUAAUUUUGAAAACACUACUGAUAAUGAUUCAUUCGAUGGUCAUAGUAAUUUAGAUUUUUAUGAUGAACAAAACAACCGAUUGGAGCAACAACAACAACAACAAAAUUCUGCCAUACAUGAUCAUCAUCAUCAUCAUCAUCAUGAUCAUGAUGAUUAUACUAUCGACGGUGAAACACUUUCACGUAUUAUAUUCAAUAAAAAUUUUGAAUUUAAAGAUGAAAAAUUUUUCCGUAUGAAAAAACAAUAUGUUAAUCUUAAACAACGAUUAAAAUUCAUGUCCAAAUCACAACAAGCUCAACAGCAACAACAACAACAACAUCAUCAUCGGAAUAAUUUUCUUCGCCACCAUCACCAUCACCAUCAUCAUAACCAUAAUAAUAAUAAUCUAAAUUCCUACAAUUAUCGUAGUCAACGUGAUUCAGCUUUUUUCGAUGAAGAUAUGUAAAAAUCACAUAAAUGUAACACACACGCACCCAUAUAGUAUUACUAUAUUAUGCCAAUGAAUUCUGAUUAAUUUUUUUUUCUCUUUACACACACACACAACUCACCAUGUAAUUAAGUGCCUGUUUAAAAAACGAAAAUUAGAAUUCGAGAAUUGUUCAACAAAAAAAAAAACAAACUACAUUUGCACAGAAAUUGAUAAUUAUUCCCAUUUUUUCGGUUAUCAUUGUCCAAUGAUGACAAUGGAACCAGAGAAAUAGUGGUAAAAA